UGGCCACGAAUAGCGUCCUAUCGCUGGGAGCGGAUUUCAAAUUUCAAACAAGCUUGCCUUGUCUMUCAAAGGAAGUGAAAAGGAAGCAAAUAGCUGUUACAUUUCAAAGUACCUCAAUGAAAACCUCCUGUGUGAGUUGGAAGGACCAGCAGAGGGGGUCGUCAUCGAAGGCACGUCAUUUGGUGAAGACUGAGCAGGAGCCUGUGCGCUGACUCUGAGGGGUCGGCUCAUGAAAUGUCCAUCGUCAACAGCCCAACCCCAAAGAGGUCGGCUCAAAGUGCCAAAGAGGGGCAUUGGGCAUUGUUCGAGCUAGACGAUAGACGAUAUGACCCAGCAAUAUCACCCAGUACCCCACUCCUUCCUCAGCCACCCAUCUUCGCUAGUAUAGGAACMGCAAAGCCGGGCAACUGUCUCACCCUGAGAGAAGGCGAAUCCAAGCGCUCCUUCCUCAACCGAGUCCCUGAGCUGAACCCCAGGGUGGCCAUGUCACCCUCGUUCCUCAAGCCCAGGAACGUGGUGGCCUUCCGGAGCUACUGCAGCUCCAUCAACCGCUCCAACAUGUCGGGGAGCUCACGCCUCAGCCUGGGCUCUGUGGAGCCUAUGGAUAUGGCCACCUCCGCCUCCUACCACAGUAUGCCCGCUGCUGUCACACCAGUCCAGAAGAGACCCAGCUCCAACAACUCCCUCGAUCAGACCCCGCAGUCYUCGACCACCUCCCACACUCCGUUCAGGACCCCUAAGAGUGUCCGACGUGGUCCUGUACCCGUGGAGGGAGUACCGAUUUUAGGCACCCCAGAUUACCUAGCCCCAGAGCUGCUAUUGGGGAAACGACAUGAUAUUCCAUGGCCCGAUGGUGAGGAGGAGCUAUCCCAGAAUUCCCGUAAUGCCAUAGAGAUCUUACUCACCAUGGACAUGAACAAACGGGCUGGGUUCAAAGAACUUCGGGAGCCACACUCUGUUUGCAGGUUUGGACUGGGAUAACCUUCAGAACCAGACCAUGCCCUUCAUCCCUCAGCCAGAGGACGACACUGACACGUCAUACUUUGAAGCAAGAAACACUGCACAGUACCUUGUGAUGUCUGGCUUCAGUCUGUAGGUUUGUUCUCCAGGGUUACGGUCAAUGCGGAUCAAUUUAGGAAGUACACUGAAAUUCCAAUUCUCUUCAAAUUAAAAUAUAUAUAUAUAUAUGAGAUUUUUUUUGUGUGAAUUACUGUUUUUAAAUAUUUGUACUGUCUGUCGACUGUCUUUUCAUCCACGUAGCACCAUGUUUCACUGCUCUUCUAUGCACUAACUACUAUGAUGGAGUUCUUUAAAUUAAAAAAUAUAUAUAUUUGACUUUUAUUUAACUAGGGCAAGUCAGUUAAGAACAAAUUCUUAUUUUCA